AUGCCAAGGAAUGUGGUCAUUCGAGCACUUUCAAUACAUCUCUUGUUUACUGUUUCUAUAAGCCCAUUUACUAUUGCCUCAUCAUCGACUCCUACAUAUUCUGAGGAUGCGAUAACCGUCCCGGCCCGCUUGCAUUAUGUUGAGGAAGCAGAAGUCACUGCAGCGCCAGAACUCAAGCGACAAGACACCACAAAUUUUUGCACCGAAUGGUCUUUUGCUAAUGGAGAUCCACUUGGAUGCUAUGCGCCUGCUACAUGUUUGUACAGGUCGAUCUCGACCUUCGGACUUGCAUACUGUGGAGUCAGCGGCAGUAGCUAUGUAUAUGCAACAACUUGCUCUGAUUAUACAGCGCUCACUGUGAGCCCUCCCUACGAAACAUUACACUGUCCAUCCACGUUCCCAUACUGCCAUACAGCCAAACUCAUCGCCGACAGCUCAGAGACAUACACAAUGUUUGGAUGCGAGUCCUGGGAAGGCACCACAAGCAUCGGGUAUCUCGUCGCUGGAGCCGCGGCCAUCACCCCUCAGUCGACCGGCCCUCUAGAAUCCUCUGGUCAAACAACUCGCGGAUCUGUUGCAUUGCCAGUCCUGUCAACAAUUACUGUGGAGUAUAUUACGCCAUCUACGUCACCUCAAUCCACCUCAUCACCUGCUUCAACGGUUCCAAGCGGGGUCAACACGGCCGCUGCUAUCGGAGGGGCUCUAGGCGGAUUUGCGAGCGUGGUACUUGCUAUCUUGGCGGUGCAUAAGGUCUGGACCAAGAACAAAGAGAAGCCGCUUAGUCAGUGAGAAUACGACGUCCACCACUAGAAAAAUGUAAAUUCCGGGAGCCGACUAAUGACCUUUGGUGUUGGGCGGUCUAAAUGGGGAAAUAUGAGCAGCGCUGGUGGCCAAACAGGCUUUGCUCUUGGCACAUGCUCUUCAAAGAGUAAAAAAUUUCCGGAUUGCUUUUAGUUCCUUCAACGUGCAUUCAACAUCUCGAUGUAUCGGGGUCAAUGACUUGCAAGUCCCGUCAUCGACCUCCGCGCUCUUGAGUUUUCUUGACCGCGUGGUUUAUCGGUGGCAGCCCAUCUCAGUCGUAAACAGCGUCUAAUUGUUCACUAAAGAUGAAAUUGGAGCAUAUUACUGAUCAACAAGACAAUUGUUUGAGUUGAGGCGUAACAGCGCAAGUCGUUAAUGCAUAAGAAAGCUUCC